GUAACUUAUUAUUUUUAUAGGUAUAAGAUAACCAAUCACAAUAUCUGACAUAAUUGCUCCAGCGCAGGUGCUUUAUGAACAUCAUGGCUUUGGCAAGAGGUGUGUCUGGUGUCUUUGUUGUGGCUGCAAAGCGUACUGCCUUUGGUACUUACGGAGGCAAACUCAAGAAUAUCAGUGCCACAGAUCUUGGCUAUUAUGCUGCAAAGGGUGCUCUUGAGUCUGCCAGCAUCAGCCCAGAGAUCAUCAACACUGUCAUUUUUGGCAAUGUCAUGGCUACUUCAGCAGAUGGAAUUUACCUGACACGCCAUAUUGGCUUGCGCCUGGGAGUUCCCACUGGUGUACCAGCGUUGACAGUCAACAGGCUUUGUGGGUCUGGUUUUCAGGCCAUAGUGAAUGCUGCCCAGGAGAUUGAACUGGGUAUUAGUCAGGUUGCACUUGCUGGGGGUUCAGAAAACAUGACACAGGCUCCGUUUGCAGUACGUGACAUUCGUUUUGGAACACGCUUUGGCCAAGAUCUAAAGUUGGAAGACACAUUAUGGGAAGGGCUAACGGACUCUUAUGUAAAGCUUCCUAUGGGAAUGACAGCAGAAAAUCUUGCUGAAAAAUACAACAUUUCACGCCAAGAUUGUGAUAAGUUUGCUCUGCAGACACAAACCCGAUGGCAACAAGCACAGAAAGCAAGCAAGUUUGCUGAUGAAAUAAUUCCCAUCAAAGUGAAAGGAAAGAAAGGCCCUGAGGAUUUUUCUGUGGAUGAACAUCCAAGGAUGGCCACCAUAGAGGAUUUAGCCAAAUUGCCACCAGUAUUCAAGAAAGAUGGAACAAUCACGGCCGGAAAUGCUUCAGGUAUUUGUGAUGGAGCAGCUGCAUUGGUCCUGGCUAGUGAGGCAGCAGUCAAAACCUACAAUUUAACUCCUCUGGCUCGUUUGGUGUCUUAUGGUAUAGCAGGUUGCGAUCCAAAGAUCAUGGGUAUCGGGCCAGCGCCAGCUUCUCGUGCAGCUUUAGAGAAAGCUGGAAAAACUGUACAAGACAUGGAUGUUGUAGAGGUGAAUGAAGCCUUUGCCCCACAGUUCCUGUCUGUUGCUAAAGAGCUGGAACUUGAUUUGGCCCGUACCAAUGUCAAUGGAGGGGCUAUUGCACUUGGCCAUCCCUUGGGAGCAUCUGGGGCACGCAUCACAACCAAUCUCAUUUAUGAGCUCAGAAGGCAGAACCUGAAGUAUGCCAUGGGCAGUGCGUGUAUUGGAGGAGGGCAGGGAAUCACAGUGAUACUGGAGAAAGUAUGAUUGCCACAAGAUGCACAUGCUGAGACAUAGUGUUACAUGAAGCAACAAAGAGUUUCUUCAAGUGGUGCAGGGGGACAAUGUUGAAUGUGUGCUUUAAUCAAUAAUAAAGAUACUGUAAUGUAAUGAAAUUUUUGAAACCACUGAGUCAUUAAAAUUAUUUGAUUUUAUGGCUCUAAUUUAGUAAUUGAUAAGACAACUCGGAUUUUUCUUCCAAAAAAUGUUAAAUAUGUGAUAAGGCAUUCAAAUUGUUUAAUUUUGUUUCAUGACUAUCUUUAUAGAUAUUUUAUACAUAUUGCUUACAAUUAUAUUCCUUGUAAACUAUUAGCUCAUCUUAAUGAUGAAUCUAGCCAUUCUGACAUAUUAUACACAUUAUAUUCUUUUUUAUAUCAGUACUUAUGUUCCCAGGCUGGAAGAUGCUAACAACCAUUAUAGCUAAAUGCUAUGAGCAAUUUUAAUAUGUACUUUGAGUAGCUUACAGCAGUUUGUGAUUCACUGUUGUUCUUAUUGAGGAAAUAUGGUUAAAUUUCCUAGUCUGUUGAAUUACAAAGUUAUAAUACAAUGACAGCUAAUAAGCUGUUUAUUUUUCUAUAAAAUAAAUUUUUCAUUUUCAUA